AUGUCUGACACUGGCCGCCAAUCUUUCACCGACAAGGCUAGCUCCGCUGCUAAGCCCGACUCCCAGAAGUCUAUGACCGAGCAACUCGGUGACACUUUCAAGGGUGUCUCCGACAGCAUCGCCUCUACCUUCCAGCCUGAGAGCGAGAAGUCUACCUCCCAGAAGGCUGGAGACGCCCUUUCCGGCAACUCGAAUGAGAACCAGGACUCGCUCGCCAACAAGGCGAAGGAGGCCAUGGGUCAGAAGUAG